GUUAAUUAUGUAUUUUAGGUAAGAAAAUUACAUUUUGAGUUUUAUAUAUUUUAGGAUUGCAUUACUUUGGGUGCUUGUUAUUACUUUAACCACCAACCAACCACACCUCAGCUCCCUGCCACGCACACUGUCCUCUUAUGUAAUGUUCUGAAGUAUUACAUUUAUACUGUUAAUAAUGAAUUUGUCAAAGACCACAUGAAGUUCCUCUUUUCAUUAACAUCUCAUAAUUUGAUGAUACAAGCAUUAAGAAGCAUCCUUUCCAAAUCAAAAACUGAGAAAAAUGUCUGAGGACGUUGUAUACACUGAUGUCAUAUUUGUGAAAAGAAACAAAGUCGACAAGGAUAAUCAAGAGGAGUGUCAUUUAGGUAAGUUUUCAGUGAGAGAUGUUUAUCUGUAUCAUGCAGGAAAAUGUUACCUUUUCUCCACAAAUGAACUGAACUACUGUAUCUCAGAUGGCGGUCAUCUGGUGAUUAUAAACAGCAGAGACGAACAGGUUUUUCCUGACAGGAAUUAUAAAAAAAACGAAGAGUCAUUCUGGAUUGGCCUCACAGAUGAGGAGAUUGAGGAAUGGCUAUGGGUAGACAACACAUAUCUUUGUAAAUAUAAAAGUUACUGGACUAGAGCGGAACCAGAUAACUGGAAAGGAAACAGGGGUGAGUACCCCAGCGGAGAGGACUGUGCUCACAUAUAUAAAAACUCCAUCCAGGAUCUUAAGGGCUGGUUUGAUGCGGUCUGCAAUAAAGCAUUUAGAAGAAUAUGCGAUACAAGAUCCUCCAGACAAACAUAG